AUGGCGGCGCUGGCGCUGCUGUACACGGCGACGCUGGUCUUCACGUUCGACCUGUACCCGCGGUGUUUCGCCCUGAUCAACAUGUUCUUCAGCCUGGCCUUCUUCUCGUGCUUCGGCGCGCUCGAGAACUUCGACGCCGCCGACAACUGGCGCGGCUGGCGCAGCGAGUAUGGCGAGCCGUACCGGCCCUGCUGGAGAGCCGCGUCGGCCUUCACCUUCCUCAGCGGCUUCUUCUGGCUCGGCAGCGUGCUUCUGGCCUGCUGGACCCCGGUCAACAAGGAGCAUCAGCAUGACCCUCAUGACAAUAACAAUCACAACAACUUCUUGCAUUUCCACCAUCGGAAGCCCAGUGCCGCCUCGGGCUCCAGCACCGCCGCCAGCGAACAAGUCUAA